AUGUAAAGAAAUAGAAGUCAGCCCUUACUCUCUACAGACCCAAACUUAUAAUCAACUAAGGUGGUUGAUUCAAUUCUUAAUCCAUUGUCUAAGCCACCCAGAGCUUAAUAGCAACCACUAUAGUAAUUAAGUAAAGCAUAAAGCUAAAAGCAAUUAGAUCCUAUGCCCAACAUAUAAAAAUACUCAUCCAAUUAGUAAGCGAGAAAUGAUCCUUCAUAAUCUGGAAUCUAGAAUACUUCAACAAUGCCUGAUUAAUCACAGAUUUAAGCUAAGUAGGCUUAGGAUAUGUAAGCUGCUCAGUAUUAAUAAUACAUGUAAAUGCAAAUGAAGUCAAAGUUCGAUGAGCUUAUGGCUGAAAAGAGGUUGCUCUAGCUGAAGCUAAAAGAAAAGCAAAUGAAAAAUGAGAAGGAGGCCAGAGAAAAAGCAGUUUUGAUGAAGAUGGAAUAGUAAAUUGAACGUGAAUAAGAAAAUGGGUUGGUUAGGGCUUUAAAGGAGUAAUAGAAAGAUCUGAAAAAAUUAAUCUUGAAUACAAGAACCAAGAAUGAAGAUAAACUCCUAAGUGAGAAUGAGUAGCUUUUAAAAAGAAUGAAUGAUUUAGAAUAGAAAAAGAAAAACUAGGCAAAGAAACUGAAGAAGAUAGGAAAGGGAAAUGGAUCUUCAUCAUCAUCUGAAGAUGAAGAGGGCAAGAAUAAAAAUCAGUCUCACAAUUCUUAUUUAGAAAGAAUGAGCAAUAACAGUUAAGGCAUCAAUAAUCAUCUCUUGAGGUAAAAUGUAUCAAUUCACAACUAAAGUGGGAUGCAAUAUAACCCAAUGAUGAUGCAAUAACCUGGCAUGAAUCCAUACAUGACAGGUUAUAAUUAUAACCCAUAUGGAGGGCAUCCAAUGCCUGGAAUGAUGAACUAAAUGCCAAAUAUUUAUGGAGGGUAUCCUCCUCCAUACUCAGCCCCGUAUCAAUAUCCUGUUCCAAAUUUCAACAUUUAGAGUCCAUUAAAUAAUCCAUAUGCUAUGCCGUUUCCUUAAGGUAACCCACUUGGGGGUCCACCAAUUAAUAUUGACUAAAAUAUGAAUCUAAUGAUGAAUCCUUAAAAAAUAGUACCUCCACUUAAUUUAUCUCCUUUGGAUUAGCAGAAAUAAAUGAUGAUGAUUUAGCAUUAGUAAGCCAAUCAACAUUUAGGCAAAGCAUAGAAGGAUAAGAAAUAGACAGACUAAGAUGAUGAGUUUGAAACUCCUCUUGCAAUAAAGAAAAAGUUAAGGAAUGAUGAGAUCAUCCGAUAGAUGUAGGCCCUCAACUCUGAUAAAUUCAAUGAAUUCAGUGCUUCACCAGAUGCCAGUCUAUAAGAUGUUUCAGAUUAAUUAAAGUAAAUUGAGAACAUCAUGAAAGCUGAGUCAAAGCGUCGAAUAGAGUCUAAUGAGAUCAUAAAUGAGUGCAACUCAAACUACCUGGAUGAAAUCUAAAUCUAGUUAAACUAGAGGGUUCAUUAGCAGUUUUAAAUCCUGAAGAUGCGAGUUGAGAGCAUUGAUCAGCAUAUGGCUAAAAUCGAAAACGAAUUAGACAAAUAGGAAAUUGAUUUGAGAGAAGUCAUCUCAGUUAGGCAAAGAUAAAUAGACAAAGAAUUGAAUAUGGCUGAAAAUCUUUUGAGGAACGUGAAGGGCUCUUAUAGAGUCCAGAAGGAAAGACUAGACAGCGAACAAGAAGUGAUGAUCAAGGAAAUACAAAGCAUACUAAAAAAUGAUUAUUUGGAAUGGGAGCAGAUUAAGGUAACAUAGGUUAAGUAUAGGCUAUAGAAAUUAUAGAAUUUCGAUUAGCUAUCAGACUUUGCUGAGGAUUUGAAAGAGAUAUAGAGGCUAUUGGAUCAAGAAGUAAGAGAGAGGUAGGCUGAUGAUAAAGAAAUAGUUGAUUGGCUAAAUGAGAUCUGCAUUAAAAUGUACAAUAGAAUACACAAUAAUGAAUGA